AUGUCUACCUCCGCACGCCGCCGUCUCAUGCGUGACUUCAAGCGCAUGCAAACCGACCCUCCGGCGGGCGUCUCAGCAUCUCCAGUGGCCGAUAACGUGAUGACAUGGAACGCCGUCAUCAUUGGCCCCGCUGAUACUCCGUUCGAAGAUGGAACCUUCCGGCUCGUGAUGCACUUCGAAGAACAAUACCCGAACAAACCUCCAGGCGUCAAAUUCAUCAGCCAGAUGUUCCACCCGAACGUGUAUGGUACAGGAGAGCUUUGUCUUGAUAUUCUACAGAACCGCUGGAGCCCAACUUAUGACGUCGCAGCGAUCCUUACCAGCAUCCAAAGUCUACUCAACGACCCGAACACAUCUUCACCGGCGAACGUGGAGGCCUCGAACCUCUACAAAGACAAUCGCAAGGAGUACGUCAAGCGCGUGCGUGAGACCGUAGAGAAGAGCUGGGAGGACUAG